UGAGUGGUUGCAAGUGGUUGCAUAGUGCAUUGGUAUUAAACGCAUUCUACUUACACAUGUAUGUAUAAUUAUACUGACUUUUUUGUUUAUUCGAUUUUUUUUUAACUUAACAAAUGUGGGCCUGUGUGAAAGAUUUAAAAACAAAUAAACUUACAAAUGUGCCAGUUGAGAAUAUUGAGUUUUUUACACUAAACUACGCAAAAAAAAAAUAUACACUGAAAAAAAACGGUGAAGAGUUGGAAAUACAAGUUCUUCUCGUUGCAGAUACAGAAGAGGAACUUCAGGAGAAAAGAAAUUCUGAGCGUUUGCGAGUGACUCCUACUUCUCUGUUAUCUACGGCCGAGGAAGAUACACCUGAGCCUCUACCCCCUCAACCUAAAGAGCUCAAAGUUAUCGUCACAAAUAUUUCUGAAGUCUUGCAAAAUAAAUUGUCAAAGAAAAAUCCGAUUCUUUAUAACAAAGAUAUGGAUGCAGCAUCUGCUGACAAAGAAAACAACAUACAUGAGCCAAAAUCUGAUGAAAAAAUUGAAAAUAGAUCUGAAAAACAAGCUGAGAGUGAUAAAGAAAUGGCAUCAGAAGAAAAGGGAUAUGAAGACGAUAACAUCUCAAUGAUCGAAUCUCUCGAGUGUAUAAGCCCUGAAAGUUCAUAUCAACCAAUACCACAGACAUCUGGAAACAAUAAACAUGAUUCAAGAAAACGACGAUCUUCUAAGCACAGCGAUGAUGAACAUGGUGUUAGUCACAAACGUAUGAACGUUCGAGACCGUAAUUCGUCUCAUCGCAAUUCAUCACCGCCAUGCAUAAAGUUAGUAGAAAAAGAAAAAUGUGCUAAUCGAUCACCAGUUCAUGAAAAGUCAAGUUCAAGACCUCGGAAUUCACAUAGAAGAAAUUCAGAUGCAGAUUACAACAAAAUUGGUAAAUCGAACAAAGGGCAUGGAUCUAGUGAUCAAAAUAGAUCAUCAUCAAAAAAUAAGGAUCGUAGCUCAAUACACAUUCCAGUCAACGCAAAUUCUGAUCGAGGAAAAAGAAAUGAGCGUAAGAGCAGUCGAACUAGAGAAGAAGAUAAAGGAGUUCAAGUUCACACUUUUUUAAGAAAACUUCUUGAGAACCACGAUCGACAUGAAAAAAAAACAGGAAAACUCGAAACGAAUGUUAAAGAAAUAGAGAUUAAUGUCAAAGCAACUGUAAAAGAAAUGGAAACUUUAAAAGCGGAAUUGUCACAAGUACUGACUAUUCUAUCAAAAUUUGAUAGUAUAGCCGAAGAAAACAAAACAAAACCAGAGCCAUUCAUUGACGGAUCUGGUUUACCAGCUGUUGGAUUUACGAGACACAUUCCAGACUCUGACAAACAAGAAACUCAUAUAGGACAAGAUAAAUGGAUAGACUAUGUCAGCUGGUGCAUGGUCAGAACUCGCGCAGGAGCUUCGGAAAGUAAAUUCAUUAAAGGCUUGAUGUCUAUAAUUUACACUUCUGAUGAAAUAAUAAAUUCCAGUGCUUUGGGACAAGUCUCGAAUCGAGAAAAAGUCGUAGAAAAACGACCUGCUUUGGAUCCUAUACGCAUGCUGGCUCUUCAAGAUAGUCUUACUUGGUAUAAGCAAAUGCACAAUGAAGGAAUUACUCUAGUUCAGUGUAGAAUCGAUGCUGAAGAAGCCUUAAAAGAAUAUGUGGGCAGUAAAAUAACGGACUCCAGAAAGCCAACCAAAUCAAAAAAGCCUGCUAACGAACAGAAGAAAAAAAAAGGAAUGAUGAAGAAAAAAAAAACCACCCACCAGAAAAAUAAAGCGAUGUUGGCCACAAAAAAUGUAUCCAACAGUGGCCACAGCAACAGCCAUGAUCGCAGUCCAAGCCGUAGCCGGAGUCAGAGCCACAGCCGUAGUUACAGAAGUCGUAGCCGCAGUCGUAGCUGUAGUCGUCGUAGUCGUAGUCGAAGUCGAAGUCGUAGUCGUAAUCGUAGUCGUAGUCAUAGUCGUAGUCGUAGUCGUAGUCGUAGUCGUAGUCGUAGUCGUAGUCGUAGUCGUAGUCGUAGUCGUAGUCUCAGCCGUAGUCUCAGCCGUAGUCGUAGUCGUAGUUGUAGUCGUAGUCGCAGUCGCGGUCUUGAUAAAUCUACUGAUGUAGCUGGUAGAAAAAAGUUUGCCAUGAUUGUACGUUUUGCUAGUGGUUUAUCUGUUACUAAUUGUUUUCUUGCAUUAGAAUCUACUCCAUCCGCAAAAUCAAAAAAUUCAUAUAAAAUAAUUGUAAAAGUUUUCAAUGAAUAUGAUAUACCAUGGGAAGAAAAUAUGAUUGGAUUUUCUGCUGAUGAAGCUGUUAUGUCUUCAUUAGCAGUCUUAUUAAAAAAAGAUAUUUCUGAUCUGUUUUCCUGA